AUGGCCGCGCCCCCUCCCGGCGGCCCGUCCACCUCCGGCGAGCCAAAAGACAGCAACAGCAACAGCAACAGCAACAGUAACAACAACAGCAAUAGCAACAGCAACAGCAACAGCACGCGCGGCAUCCCGCACUACGAGCACACGCGGACGAAGCUCAAGGACCUCCUGGCCAAGCGCUCGCGGCUCGACGAGCAGCUGCGCAAGAAGGAGGACGAGAUCCGCGACAAGGAGACGCGCUACCUCGAGGGCACGGCGGCGGGGAACAUCAUCACGGGCUUCGAGCAGUAUGUCAAGAACGCGGGCCUGGUCAAGAAGAAGAUGACGGUGCAGGACAGCAUGCGCGUCUUCAGCGGGAGCUCGGUCAGUUUUGGAAAUGCGCAGGAAACACCUCCCGAAACCGAAUCCUCAACCCCCAUGGCCACCUCGGCUCCUACGCCCCUCUCCGCUACAUUUCUCAAGGGCGAUUCGGGAUCCAACGCAGCUACGCCCACCAGUACCUCGAGCGGGAAUAAGGUGGGCGGGGGAGCAGUGAAGAAGAACAAGAAGGCGGUUGGAGGCGAUGACAGCGAUACCGAUGCUGGCACCGCUGGGGUGCAGAAAAAGGCCAGGACGAAUUUUGGGGCCGUGGCUAGGAAGUAG